UUAUCAUGCGAACGUCUGUACAGGGGGAUUAACGCAGAGUACCGGGAAGAAAAACAAUGGCGCAGGUUCUGAGCCAGAGGCCUCCGUUGCCGACCCUGCACUACCGGAAAUCAUCACCGCCCCGCAAAAACUCAGCUCGCAAUCAACUAACCAGCUACAACAACUCAGCACGAGUCAACCCCACCUGGGCAUCUCUUCAGCAGAGCCUCCAAUGCAACGGCAGAUUUUCUUGCCUAUUUUCCAACAAUCGCAAACAGGAGGAGGCUAGAAAAGCUUUAGAAAGUGCCCUUGGGGGAAAAAAGACUGAGUUUGAGAAAUGGGACAAAGAACUUAAGCGAAGAGAACAGGCAGGUGGAGGAGGUAAUUCUGGGAGAGGAGGUUGGUUUAGAUGGUUUGGUGGGUCUGAUGAUGACCAUUUCUGGGAAGAGGCGCAGCAGACUAGUCUCACAAUUUUAGGUAUUAUUGGCAUGUAUCUGAUUAUUGCAAAGGGUGAUCUGAUGAUUGCCGUUGUUCUCAAUCCUUUGUUGUUUCUUCUGCGUGGAACAAGGAAUGGGCUUACCUUCUUAACAACUCUAGUCAGGGAAAAGUUAAAUUCAGUUACAAAUCCUAGUCUUCGUACAGUUCAACAGAGGCAAAUUUCUGCCCCCGUUUCUGCUAGAGAGAGUGUAAUGAAGAAAUGGGGAAGUAGUUGAUUGCUUGGUCCGCCUGCAACAGCAAUUUUGGUUCUCUAAGAGUCCUUCCUUUAAUUAUAUUGGUCUUUUUAAGAUACUUGUCACUUUUUUUUCUGAAGAUAUAGCACCACCAUGCAAAUAGGAUUUCCCUGCUAGGUGCCCCUGGUCCUCUGACAGAAGGCUCAUAGGAUCAGUUCCGUCUCUUGUAAUGGUGAAGUCAUAUUCCCAAUCAAGCUGAAUGCAAAUGGCUUUUCAUUGUUGUUAGUUUA